AUGACCACCGAGGCCAACGAAUGCAGCAUCAAGGUGCUCUGCAGGUUCCGGCCUUUGAAUCAGUCGGAGAUCGUACGGGGAGAUAAAUUCAUCCCGGUUUUCCAAGGGGACGACACCGUCAUCAUUGGGGGCAAGCCUUAUGCCUUUGACCGUGUCUUCCCACCCAACACCACUCAGGAGCAAGUUUACCAUGCCUGUGCCAUGCAGAUUGUCAAAGAUGUGCUGGCUGGGUACAAUGGCACCAUUUUUGCCUAUGGGCAGACUUCCUCGGGAAAGACUCACACCAUGGAGGGCAAGCUGCAUGACCCUCAGCUCAUGGGUAUCAUCCCUCGCAUUGCCCGGGAUAUCUUCAACCACAUCUACUCCAUGGACGAGAACCUGGAAUUCCACAUUAAGGUUUCCUACUUUGAAAUCUACCUAGACAAAAUCCGUGAUCUACUAGAUGUGACCAAGACCAAUCUCUCGGUUCAUGAGGACAAGAACCGUGUGCCAUUUGUGAAGGGCUGCACUGAACGUUUUGUGUCCAGCCCUGAGGAAAUCCUGGAUGUCAUCGAUGAGGGGAAAUCCAACCGUCACGUGGCUGUCACCAACAUGAACGAGCACAGCUCCCGCAGCCAUAGCAUCUUCCUCAUCAAUAUCAAGCAGGAAAACAUGGAGACUGAACAGAAACUGAGUGGGAAGCUUUAUCUGGUGGACCUGGCUGGCAGCGAGAAGGUCAGCAAGACAGGAGCUGAGGGUGCUGUGCUGGAUGAGGCCAAGAAUAUCAACAAGUCCUUAUCAGCCCUUGGCAAUGUCAUCUCUGCUUUGGCUGAGGGAACGAAGAGCUAUGUGCCCUACCGGGAUAGCAAGAUGACCCGUAUCCUGCAAGACUCCCUUGGUGGAAACUGUCGUACGACCAUGUUCAUCUGCUGCUCGCCCUCCAGCUACAAUGAUGCUGAGACCAAAUCUACUCUCAUGUUUGGACAGCGGGCCAAGACCAUCAAGAAUACAGCAUCUGUGAACUUGGAGUUGACAGCUGAACAAUGGAAGAAGAAGUUUGAGAAAGAGAAGGAGAAGAACAAGACCCUCAAGGAGGCAAUGGCCAAGCUGGAGGCCGAGCUCGGGCGCUGGCGCAACGGAGAGAACGUCCCAGAGACGGAGCAGCUGAGCGAUGAGGAGAAGGUGGCGGUCGACACCUGCGAUGAGACGCCCAUCAACGACAACAACCCCGUCAGCCGGAUUUCGGAAGAAGAGCGGCACAAGUACGAGGAGGAGAUCCGCAAGCUCUACAAGCAGCUUGACGACAAGGAUGAUGAAAUCAACCAACAGAGCCAGCUGAUGGAGAAGCUCAAGCAGCAGAUGCUGGAUCAGGAAGAGCUCCUCAUGUCAACCCGCGGGGACAAUGAGAAGGUGCAGAGGGAGCUGAGCCACCUGCAGUCCGAGAAUGACUCCGCCAAGGAGGAAGUGAAGGAGGUGCUGCAAGCACUGGAGGAGCUGGCUGUCAACUAUGACCAGAAAUCCCAGGAAGUGGAAGAGAAAAACCAGGAGAAUCAGGUGUUGGUGGAUGAGCUGUCCCAGAAAGUGGCCUCCAUGAUGUCCUUGGAGUCAGAGCUGCAACGGCUGCAGGAGUUCAGUGCGCAUCAGCGCAAGCGCAUCGCUGAAGUGCUCAACGGGCUCAUGAAGGAUCUAAGCGAGUUCAGCGUCAUUGUGGGCAAUGGUGAGAUCAAGCUGCCGGUGGAGAUCAGUGGUGCCAUUGAGGAGGAGUUCACGGUUGCCCGGCUCUACAUCAGCAAGAUAAAGUCGGAGGUGAAGUCUGUCGUGAAGCGCUGCCGGCAGCUGGAGGGGCUGCAGGUCGAGUGUCACCGCAAGAUGGAGGUGACCGGCCGGGAACUGUCAUCUUGCCAGCUUCUCAUCUCUCAGCAUGAAGCAAAGAUCCGCUCACUCACCGAGUACAUGCAGAGUGUGGAGCUGAAGAAACGGCAUCUGGAGGAAUCCUACGACGCCCUGAGUGAAGAGCUGGCGAAGCUCCAGCAGAAGGCCCUGGAAGUACAACUGGAGAGUCACCGCGAGGCCCACCACAAGCAGCUGGCGCGGCUGCGAGACGAGAUCAACCAGAAGCAGAAAAUCAUUGAUGAGCUGAAGGACUUGAACCAGAAGUUAGAGCUGGAGCUGGAGAAGCUUCGGGCCGACUAUGAGAAGCUCAAGAGCGAGGAGCUGGAGAAGUCCCAGAAGCUGCAGGAGCUGACAUUUCUGUACGAGCGGCAUGAGCAGUCCAAGCAGGACCUCAAAGGGCUGGAGGAGACUGUGGCCCGUGAACUCCAGACCCUCCACAACCUUCGCAAGCUGUUCGUUCAAGACGUCACGACUCGAGUUAAGAAAAGCGCGGAGUUGGAACCCGAGGAUAGCGGGGGGGCUCAUUCCCAGAAACAGAAGAUUUCCUUUCUUGAGAACAACCUGGAACAGCUUACAAAAGUUCACAAACAGCUGGUUCGUGACAAUGCAGAUUUGCGUUGUGAGCUUCCUAAACUGGAGAAACGUCUUCGGGCUACGGCUGAGAGAGUUAAGGCCCUGGAGGGUGCACUGAAGGAAGCGAAAGAGGGUGCCAUGAAAGACAAGCGACGCUACCAGCAGGAAGUGGACCGGAUUAAGGAGGCGGUGCGCUACAAGAACACCGUGAAGCGCAACCACUCUGCACAAAUUGCCAAGCCGGUGAGGCCAGGGCACCACUCAGCUUCAUCUCCCACCAACCCCUAUGGUGUCCGCAACCCCGAAUGCAUCAGCUACACCAACAGCCUCUUCCAGAACUAUCAGAAUGUCUACCUGCAGAAUGCUGGCAGCUCCGUGCCUGACGGCUACUUCACCAAUGCCUCUUCCAGCAGCGGAAGCAGCUCCUCCAGUGCCCCUCUGACCUCCUACCAGAAGCUCAAUGUGGAAAACGGAAAUGCCACAGACAUCAAUGACAACAGAAGUGACCUGCCCUGCGGCAUUGAAGCUGAGGAACAAGCCAAGCUCUUCCCGCUGCACCAGGAGACGGCAGCCAGCUAAUAGCAACAGUGCCACCUACUGCCCAAGGGGCCUCAACACACCAUCAGUUUCUAAUCGGGACGGAAGCCUCAGCUCUGCAUGCCGCAGCCCUGGCUUUCCAUGGCCUCUGCUACAAAACGGGCCCUGUUUGUGUGUCCUGCUCUCUCCGUGUCCUGUAUAUUUAUCCAGCUGCUGCUUCACUAUCUCUCUCUCUCUCACUGUUUCUCUGUCCUACUCACUUAACUAGGCAAUG